AUGCCGGUUAUCGGUAUUCCUGUCCUCACAAGCUGUCACGCUGACAGCUCACUGAUCAUCAGUGCCCUGAUGAUCAGUGUAGCCCCAUCAGUGCCACCUGUCAGUGUCCAUCAGUGCCACAUCAAUGCCACAUAUCAGUGCCUACCAGUGCAAAUCAAUGCCACAUAUCAGUGCCCAUCUGAUCUUUCUUUCAGUGCCACCUAUCAGUGCCAGUCAGUGCCACCUAUCAGUGCCAUAUAUGAGUGUUGCCUUUCAGUGCCCAUCAGU